GGUUACUAUGGCAAAACAACGCCCACUGAAUCCAUAAGAUAUACUAUCAAUUCCUUGUAAUCAAAUUCGUUUGUAAAAUUAGUUUCAGUCUGAUAGGCCUACAGUAGGAGCUUUUUUUAAAUAAGGAAUUUUACAUCUGCACAGGGUGAAACAGCUAUGUCGAUGUCUAACUAUUCGGAGUCAGUGAAGGACUUUGUGGAAAGUCAUGUCAUUGGUCUCAUUUGUAUCUUUUCUGCAGGAGCAGGUUUAGUGGCCUUCCGCAGGUGGAUGGGUGGGAGAGUCUGUAAAAGCAAGGUCAGGCUGGAUGGAAAAACAGUCCUCAUCACAGGCGCGAACACUGGCAUUGGGAAAGAGACAGCCCUGGAUAUGGCUAAACGAGGGGCCAGAGUGAUCCUGGCUUGUAGGGACAUCACCAAAGCCUACAUUGCUGCUGAUAUGAUUCGCCAGCGUAGUGGUAAUGGCAAUGUGGUGGUCAAGAAGUUAGACCUGGCAUCUCUGCAGUCAGUGAGAGAACUGGCUAAGGAUGUAGAGAAAAAUGAGGCGCGCUUAGAUAUCCUCAUCAACAAUGCAGGUAUCAUGAUGUGUCCCAAAUGGAAAACAGAAGAUGGUUUUGAAAUGCAGUUUGGUGUAAACCACUUAGGACACUUUCUUCUGACUAAUUGUCUUCUUGACCUGCUGAAGAAAUCAUCUCCAAGUCGGAUUGUCAUAGUGUCUAGCCUGGCACAUGAGAGAGGAAAGAUACAUUUUGAUGAUAUUAACCUAGAUAAUGACUACAAAUGUGACAUCAGUUACCGUCAAAGUAAACUGGCCAAUGUACUUUUUGGCAAAGAACUUGCUGCACGAUUGCAAGGAUCUGGUGUGACUGUGUACAGUCUGCAUCCUGGGGUCAUUCGCACUGAGUUGGGUCGGCACUUGUUUCCCACAAUGUCUCUGUGGAAGAGGAUCAUAGCCAUGCCAUUGAUGAUGCUCAUCAAAACACCCUGGGAAGGAGCGCAGACCACUAUCUACUGUGCUGUAGAGGAGAGCCUAGCCAACGAGACUGGCUUCUACUACAGUGACUGUGCCCGCAAGACACCUGCGCCUCAAGCUCAAGAUGAUGCUGCAGCAAAAAGGCUGUGGGACCUCAGUGCUUCCAUGGUUGGCCUUGGGUAAACCCCUGCAAACCCCUUGCUAUACGACUGGUUUAAAAGCUUUGUUUUAAUCAUAUAACAUUUUUAUAAUGCAGUUAUAACCCAUGUUAAUCUAUAUAACCAGAUCGUAUCACUGAGUUACAUUUUAUCAAUAUGCGUGCUGUGGUUGAUUAUGCCUUAUUGCCAUUUGAAGAAGUAAUUGUCCUUCAGCACAUUUAAAGCAUUUCAAUUUUUACAUUUAGCUACAUAAAUUACAGUAUGGCACUAUACUUUUUUUGUAAAAAGACAUGCAGCUAAAUACUUGAAUUUGAACAUGACAAAUGAUCUUUGCACACAGUGAUACAGUGAAGUUCAAAAUGGGCUUUAUUAGAGACCUCAAACCAGGGAGACUACUGUAGAGCCUGUUUCUGCUAUGAGGAAUUGUAUCACAUGUUAAAAAGAGAAAAAAAAGUUAUUUAGCUAUACAAGCUUUUAAAAUAUGAUAUAUGUAAUUAAUUUUGAAAACAAGAAACAAAUGCACAGGAAAUAAAUAUUUUUCUAUGCACCAUUUUGACAUGGACUGCUUUAUUUCCAGAGCAGAGCAAAAAUUAAUAAUUUAAUAAAACAUCAACAAAAUCAUAAUUAUUUUUGUUUAGCAACUAAUGUUGGAGAGAUGUAUGUCAAAAUUACUCACCUGAUUUUGUAUUCCACCUCAGCUUUUAAAAAGAUUAGUCAUGUCAGAUCAUGUUAGGGUGCCUGAGUUCAUCUCCACAGUAGAGUUUCUACUACAAGUAAACAGAUUUUAUAUGAGACUUUGGACAAAUAUUUCUUUCUAUUUCCUCUGAUAUGAAAUACAACUCUGGAUUGACAGAAGCAUUUUUCUCUAGUCUGUUUUAUGUUCAAACUUAAUUCAAAGUGGUUAAGAAAGGAUGAUUAGGAAAUAAGUAAAAAUAAAUUAUGUAAGCAAACAGGUGUAGUAAACCUGGAACAAAACAAAGUUCAUGCUACACUUUUUAGUAAAAUAAAUAUUCCACCUUUAUGGAUUCACUUUAUACCUUGUUCAGGAAGAACAAAUGCUGACAACAGACUUUAAUCUCCCAAUUCUCCAUUCCUUCAAGGAUGUCCCACAGUUGUAGGUAAUGUCAUGCACAUGCCCUUAUCAGUUCUCCGUCCAACGGAUACAGAUGCUAUAGCUGGGCUGGAAAAGUGAUAAGGAGAUGUGGGCGACUAUUGUGCGAUGAAAGCACUUUGACGACAUUCUUAACAAUAUGGAUCCUGGAAGUUUUCAAGAGUCUGUCAGCGUCCCUCAGGAUACCAUACAAGAUCUUCCUGAAGCUGUUCUUUCUUUUUGUGAAAUCCAGACUUCUAAAACAAGUACUGCGUGUGUCGAUGUUGUCCCCCACUUCUGUCACCGCUGCGAGAUGAACACCUCUUCCAAUUCACAUGGUCAGGUUUGACUUGUCCCGCUCUGCUGUCCUUUUCUGUCCUCCUGCUGACAAAGUUUUGAGACACACCCCAUUGAUGAGUUUUAUUUCACUGUGGCCCCGCCUGGCUAGGACCUACUUCUUUGCUUCUAUUGGUUGAUAUUGAAGACUCACCAUAUCUGCCCCCUGGCUUGUGUGAACACCAGCCAAAUAGCUCUUCCACUUGUCAAUCGGGAGCUGCUCGACCAAUCAGAUGAGAGGGGCCAGCCCUUGAUGGGCGUGUUCAAUACAGGUGUGGCUAUGAAGCACAUUCCAAUAAGUGCAUACCUGUCAGCUGCUCUGGUAUUUAGCUGCUCCUGGAAAGCAAGACCGCUCACUGUUUUUCCUUCAUCUGAGGCCCUUGCACAGGGACCCUUUUCAUUGCACAAAUAUACAAACUUCAGUCCAGGACAUCAGCAUCUUUUCUCAAUUAUUUGGCGAUCCCCUUUAUGUGAAGUGCUUUACUUCCAAAUGUUUGUGUACAAAUGGGAUUACUGUCUGGAUAUGAAAGUUCUUGGGUUGUGCCUUAGAGGCAGUUUGGAGUGGAAAUAAAGGCACUGGUAUUAUAUAUAUGUCUGUGUGUAUAGAAAAUGGCAGUUUAUUUUUUCCCAGGAACCAGGGCUGUAUGUCAUUAUUCUGUAAUAUGUGCAGUCAGUUGGCGCACAGGUGCAGGCCUUGGCAUGUGCUUUC